AUGCGAAGUCGAAUGACAAAACAACCGAAUGCGCAGCUGCUAGCGUUCCUGCGAAUAACAGCACUGCUAGUGGAGCACCAUUCGGCUUUACUGGUGGAACUAAAAGUCAGCUUUUUUGACGAUGUGAAUAAAAAGCUGGACGGACUACAGAAGGCAUCGGACAACCAUGGUGAGCGCCUAGAAUCUUUGGAGGAAAGCGCCAAAACGCUCGACCAGCGCCUUGCUAAAGUGGAGGAUACCUGUGAGACACUAUGGGUCGCUAAUGAAAAGCUGAAGGCUAAGUUAUCGGGCAUGGAGUCGAGAAACAGACACUGCAAUGUCCGCCUUAUCGGCCUUGAGGAAGGGAUUGAGGAUCUGGGAUACACGCAAGGCUUGCAGGUGACAUCCAAGGGCCCACAGACCAUCCGUAAGGCAGAGGGAGAGAGUGUGACCUUGGGAUGCAGCUACAAACCAAGCCCUCGUGACACUGGGGAACUUGACAUUGAAUGGUCUGUGAUCAGUCCAGACACCACACAGAAAGAUCAAAUGCUUGUAUCCUAUACCAGUGGCACUAAGUACUUCUUUGGUAACCAUGCAUUUGAAAAAGAGCUCAGCUUUGCUGCUGGUGAUCCCUCGAUGGGUGACGCUUCACUGUCGAUUGCUCUGCUGUCACCUGCUCACACCGCUACCUACCAAUGUAAAGUGAAGAAAGCACCUGGAGUGGACAUGCACAAGAUGUCACUGGUGGUAAUGGCGAAGCCGUCUGUACCUAAGUGCUGGGUGGAGGGAGGGGAACUGAUUGGCAAUCCUGUGUCUCUGCACUGCAAGUCUGCAAAAGGCUCCACUCCUUUAAAAUACACAUGGAGGAGAGAAAGAGCUGGCUCGAUCGCUGAUGGAGCCGCACAGAACAGUGUGACCGGAGAGCUGAAAAUCAGCAACCACUCAGAGAGCUUUGCAGGGAUCUACCUUUGUGAAGCAAACAAUGCUGUUGGAGUAGAAAGCUGCACGCUGAACCUGAAAGCCAACAAACCUCCAAACAGAGCUGCUGUGAUAGUUGGCACCAUUGUUGGUUCCCUGCUCCUCAUCUUUAUCUUCCUGGUCUUUGUUGUGCUUCUGUACUGGAAGUUGAGCAGCAGACGUCGCUAUGAGAAGGAAUUUUCCAAUGACAUCAGGGAGGACGCGCCACCUCCUGACAGCCGCCCCGUCAGCCGUCACACAAGCCAGAGCGCCAGUCAGCUCCCACAGGUCACUUACUGCCCGGUUGAUGGCACUGAGGUGAUGUCGUUGAAUGAGGGACUCAGCCACACUCCUUCCAGCACCAGCCAUGGACACAGGCCGGUCAAACACACACCAGCAGAGUAUAACAGCAAAUAUGGAUAUGCAGUGUGA